CACAUAUAGUAGUUUGAUAAUUACAUACGACGCAGUAUCUGUAGACAAAUACUCAAAUAUUUCCCGACGGUCACUGUAAAUGUUUGGGAGGUAAUGCCAACCUCCCCCCCUGACCACUCCUCUGAUUUGUUGCCCAUCUUGAAAAACUUUGUUGUAGGCCAAUGACAACAAAUUAUCGCUUGAUUUGAACAUUACUCAUGGACGAAGAUCACACUUAACACUCACGUGCAAGAGGGGCCUCUUUUGUUUUUACUAUCGGGAAAAGAUUUUUCACUCUUAAGAUAAAUAAAAAUUGCUGUUAUAGACAUAGCUGUUGACACGGUAAAAUAUUUCAAUUAAGAUUAAAUGAUACGAAGGAAAUAAGAAAGCUCGAGCAUAAGCUGACGAAGGCCAUUCCAUUGUGCGACCGCGCGACCUUUUAAGAAGACAACUAACAACAGCACAAGUUCUUUGCUGUAAAAGACACUAAGACAUACAUGCAAAAGUCGUUUCUCGCUGAAGAUCCGAAGAAGAAACGUCGACGUGAACGCAAGAAGUGUACUUUAAGAAGUAACUUAAACGUAAAGUUUUGCAAACAAGACAGCAUUUGUCACAAGGCCCUUGGAGAUCUGCAUUGAUUCGACUCGCAGAAUAUCGACACGAACGCAUCUACAGAGAGCAUUCGCACGAAGAUCUUUAGUCUUUGUUACUGAUUGUAAACAGAAAUGGUGUUGCUACGAGUCGUAGAGCUAGCAACUCAGGCAAUCAUUUUUGUCUUUGGAAUAAUAUUCAACAGUAUAGUUCUACGAAACCUCUGGAUAGCUCGACGCUACCGUCGAAGAAUGAAUCAUGGCGGUAUUAAAAGCGAAUGUCUGCACGCUCUCGUUAUGAACCUAACCAUGGCAGAUUUGAUGAUAUUGUUGAUUAGCAUUCCAAUGGAUAUAGUUCCUGAGCAUAUUUCCUGGCCGUAUGGCUUAUUUGCCUGCAAGUUUGUGUCUCCACUUCAAGACGUAUGCCUUACAGCAUCUGCCUUGACCUUCAGUGCCAUCGCUCUGGAGCGUUACUUCGUCUCAAAAGGAAAAGCGCACAAUGAGAGGCGGAGCGCGAUUCUGGCGAUAGCAGUAAUUUGGACGUCAUCAUGUUUGACAAUGGGUUUGCCGAUGGCUUUUUAUAAACAGCUGAUUUCGGAUGAUGAAAUGGUCAUGUGUGACGUCAUUUGGCCAAAUAAAAACGUCGCAAAUUUCUUUCUCGGUUACAUGAUCGUGUUGAUCGGAGGAUGCGCAUUGAUUGGGGCAGUCGUAUACUGCCGUAUCAGACGGAAUCUGUCAAUGGUGCAUAGACAACUUCAGAAAAAAAUCCAAGAUGAAAAUGCAGAGGAAAUAAGCAACGACUCAGUGGCUGAGCAAGCUCUUGCUUUGUCUAAUUUGAUGGCUAUUCUCAUCUCGGUCUACGUGUUGUGCGCUUUACCAUUUCCAGUGUUCGUCUUGCUCGUCGAAACGGGUGUAUUGAUUGAUUAUAAGUACAUCUACACGAUUUAUCUGUUUACAUCGUGUUUAUUGUACGGAAAUUGCCUCGCCAAUCCGCUGAUCCUUAUGUUCAUGAGUAGAGAUGCAAGAUUGACGUUCCUCGUCAAAGAAUCGCCAACAAAAAGAAAAACGGAACACGUAUCUUUGGAGAUUCUUCAACGGAAUUUAGCCAACGAUGCGUUUUAGAAGCAUAACAUUAGAUUUUCUUGAUGCCGCUUAACCAUUUAAAGAAAAGCGCUAAGAGUGCGCGGUAAUACAUAGAACUUUAUAAAAACAAUAAUUUCAGUAACUUACUUACUCAGAGGGAUAAACGAAUGUCGAAAUACGAAAAUACUCUGUUACAUAAACCAUAUAUUCAUUUGUUCGUAGAAAUUACGGAGAGAAAUAGAGAAUAUCUAUUAGAGAAUACAGAAUAAAUAGAGAACUCGUGUUCA